CGCACUGACAACCGCGUGUACAUCCCCACUCUGCGCUUCAGCCGACAGCAGCAGCAGCAGCAAUGGCUCUCCUUAAGACAACCAAGUUUAUAUCCUCUGUUGGGAGUUUUACACCGUCCUUGGGUGCUCUGCCCAUUCGAGCAAGUUCAUGGUGGAGUGAAGUGCAAAUGGGACCACCUGAUCCCAUCCUGGGAGUGACAGAGGCCUUCAAACGGGACACAAACCCCCAAAAAAUGAACCUGGGUGUGGGGGCAUACAGGGAUGACAAUGGCAAGCCUUAUGUUCUCAACUGUGUCCGUAAAGCAGAGGCUCUGAUUGCCUCCAAGAUGCUGGAUAAAGAAUAUCUGGGGAUUGGGGGUCUGGCAGAGUUUAAUAAGGCUUGUGCUGAACUGGCACUGGGGCCUGACACUGAGGUUCUUAAAAGCAAGAGGAGUAUCACUGUCCAGACAAUCUCAGGCACUGGUUCUCUAAGAGUUGGAGCCAACUUCCUGUCACGGUUUCACUUAGCGGGAAGAGAUGUGUAUUUGCCGAAGCCAUCCUGGGGAAAUCACACUCCUAUUUUCCGUGAUGCUGGCAUGCAGCUGAAAGCUUACCGUUACUAUGAUCCUUCUACCUGUGGAUUUGACUUUGCCGGGGCUCUUGAUGACAUCUCAAAAAUUCCAGAGCACAGUGUAAUUAUGCUCCAUGCUUGUGCUCAUAAUCCCACUGGUGUUGACCCCCGAUCAGAGCAAUGGAAAGAGCUCUCGGCUGUCAUCAAGAAGCGGAAACUUCUGGUGUUUUUUGACAUGGCCUAUCAGGGCUUUGCCAGUGGAGAUAUUGAUCGUGAUGCCUGGGCUGUAAGAUACUUCAUUGAGCAGGGCCACAACAUUGUCCUGUCUCAGUCUUUUGCUAAGAACAUGGGUCUCUAUGGUGAGCGUGUUGGGGGGUUCACUGUUGUUUGUGCUGAUGCAGAGGAAGCAAAGAGGGUGGAGUCUCAGCUUAAGAUUCUUAUUCGCCCCAUUUACUCCAACCCACCAAUGAAUGGAGCUCGCAUCGCCUCCACGAUCCUUAACACACCAGAGCUGCGCUCUACAUGGCUGGAUGAGGUGAAGGGCAUGGCAGACCGUAUCAUUAAGAUGAGAGAAAUGCUGGUGGCUAACCUAAAAAAGGAGGGAUCUACUCAAAACUGGCAGCAUGUAACUGAUCAAAUUGGCAUGUUCUGCUUCACUGGGCUGAAACCUGAGCAGGUUGAACGUCUGACAAAGGAGUUCUCCAUUUACAUGACUAAGGACGGCCGUAUCAGCGUUGCAGGUGUGACCUCUGGAAAUGUGGGAUAUCUUGCACAUGCCAUUCACCAGGUCACUAAGUAGACCAAAGUAUGCUGAGAGACAGGAGAUUGAUCUACAUCUGUUACAUCAUGUUCUGUUUCUGUUAGUCUGCUCCACUAUUUCUCUGUUGAGCUUUACUUCAUAUGGCUGUUUCUACAAGGUCAACAUGAAUCCAAAAGGGGAUCGGGAUGCUUGAUGGCUUAUGAUUCUAAGUCAUCUUGUGAUUCUGUGACUAAUCAGCACAACAUUUUCAUCCUGUUAAAAUUCUGUAUGAAAUGUAUUUAUUGUGCGAGUGAAGUAAAUCGAACGACAAUAAAAUGUAUUGUUACCA